UGUUUUUGCCAGAAGUGCAGGAAAGGAAUUCCAGAGUGAGUGCUGCUCAGAGUUUAGUAACAGCGGAACUGUUCCCCUAUCAUCCAGCACCAGCAGCGUGUUUGUGAGAGACUUCCGCGGGGACUCGGGUGCAUGAUGUGGGCUCGGUUGCUGGUUGGGGUCGGGGGCUCGGGGCUCAGGCUGCGGACUUCCAGGGACCUCCGGGGUCUGCUGCGGGUCGGGGGAGCUGCAUGUGCGGGGAGGAGGCAGGCUUCAAGCGGAGAAGAAGCCUUGAAGAAGACCCCGCUGUUUGACUUCCACAGGGAGCAUGGGGGGAAGAUGGUGGGGUUUGCAGGCUGGAGUAUGCCUGUUCAGUACAAAGACAGUCACAUCGCCUCUCACAUGCACACCAGAGAGCACUGCUCCAUCUUCGAUGUCAGCCACAUGCUGCAGACCAAAGUCCACGGCAAAGACAGGGUGAAGUUCAUGGAGUCUCUAGUCGUUGGAGAUAUUGCAGAGCUCAAAGACAACCAGGGCACACUGUCCCUCUUCACCACGGAGAAAGGAGGGAUUAUUGAUGACCUCAUCGUGACGAGGACAGACCAGGGCUACCUGUACGUCGUGUCCAACGCGGGCUGCGCCGACAAGGACUCGGCUCGUAUGAAGGCCAGACUGGCAGAGUUCAAAGCUGCAGGUCUUGAUGUGGAUAUGGAGUUCCUCGAUGAAGCACUGAUUGCUGUGCAAGGUCCGUCCAUGGCUCAGGUGCUCCAGCAGGGCCUGAAAGAGGACCUCAGUAAGCUGACCUUCAUGAACUCCACAUUGGCCACUGUGUUCGGUAUCCCCGGCUGUAGGGUCACCCGCUGUGGAUACACCGGAGAGGACGGAGUGGAGAUCUCCGUCCCGGCCUCCAGAGUGGUGGAGCUGACGGAGAAGCUGCUGUCUCACAGCGAGGUGAAGCUGGCGGGGCUGGGCUCCAGGGACAGUCUGCGGCUGGAGGCGGGGCUUUGUCUCUAUGGCAACGACAUAGAUGAGACCACCACACCUGUGGAAGGCACGCUGGUCUGGACCAUUGGUAAGCGCCGGCGUCAGACAAAGGAUUUCCCUGGUGCUGACAUCAUUGUUCCUCAGAUAAAAGCCAAGACAGCAAGGAAGAGAGUCGGUUUGGUGUCUACCGGCCCCCCCGUCAGACAACACACACCUAUACUCAGCCCCGAUGGAAAAGUCAUAGGUGAGGUGACCAGCGGCUGCCCCUCUCCAUGCUUAAAAAAGAACAUUGCCAUGGGUUACGUGGAUUCGGCAUUCGCUAAGAACGGAACAGCCAUCCAGGUUGAGGUCAGGAAAAAAGCUGUGCCCGCCACCGUCAGCAAGAUGCCCUUCGUCCCCACCAACUACUAUUCUGGAUAGGAGAGACACACACAUAAAGAAGCAUCCACUCACACUGGACCACUCCUCCACUCUGUCCCAUAUUCACCAAUGACGUACCCCUGUUUACCUCCAGCAAUGCAAUACCAAUGGAAGACUUAAUGCCUUCAUUGGCAAGUCCUCUAAGAGAAAAUAAUCCAAAACGAUAAACUUUUAUAGAGACAGUAUGUAUGCUGGAAAUUAAUUACAAACAGUAUUGUUGAGUCUGAGACUGUAGGGCCAAGAUACUGUGUUAACACGGUUUGCAGACCAAGUUUCUUUUGUAUUUGCAAAUUAUUGAUCGCUUACGGCUUAAACAAGGAUGGUCAAACAUGGCCAGCUAAAAAUCGCUCCAACACCUCAUCAGAAAUAUGUUAAAUAACAAAAAUGUUGGAGGGAUUUUGAGAAAUUUAGAUAUCCACAUCAGAUAAAACAUAACCAGACUGUUUACAAUAUGAUGCACCUGAAAGAGAAAUGUGGUUUAUUGAUAACCUAACUUGAAAAUAUGUUAAUUGUCAUAAUGUGUUUUGUCUGGCAACUAAUGAAAUGUAAUUGUAUUGUCUCUGAGUAUUAAGCUCUGAAUGUAUUUUUUGUACAAAAAAACCCAUAACAUUCUUAAUAUAGAAAUAAAACUACUGAUCUAUAGGUUG